AUACUUAUGUAAAUAAGUUAUUUCUGUUUUUUAAUAAACAUGCAUCCUGGGGUAUUGUCUGUGGAUUAAUGUAGAUUAAUGUAGAUUAAUGAGGAAAAAUAGUAUUUCAAUCCAUUUUAGAAUAAGGCUGUGAUGUAACAAAAUGUGGAAAAAGUCAAGGGGUCUGAAUACUUUCCGAAUGCACUGUAGACACCCAGGUAGAACUCUGUGUUCAGUGCAUGUGUGGGGUCCGAUAUGACCUUGAGGCUAUUGGCUGCUGAUGGUCUCCUCGAAAAUGUCCUGGAGAGAGGAUGGAAGUUUCAUGCCUAUAAUCUUCCCUGCUGUCUUGGCCAGUCUCAAGAUUUUGGCUUUGAGCUGCACUGUCAGGUUACCAAACCAUGUAACAAUGCCGUAGUGUAGGAUUGACUCAUUGGUGGAUAUAUAAAAGAGGAGCAUGGUCUGAUUAACUCCAUAGACCCUAAGGCAACACAGGAAGUGCAAGCGCUGUUGGAUGCGUGAGCACUCGCUCUCCACAUCGGUGCACCAGCACCACCCACUGUCAAUGUGGACCCCCAUGUACUUGUAUGAAUUCACCUGCUCAAUGUUCUCUCUGUGUACCACAAUGGGGCUGUGGUCCCCAAUGGACUUAGGGUCAAUGAUCAUCUCCUCAGUUUCUUUCAUAUGCAGUUGUAGGUGAUGUUCAUUAAACCAUCUGGUGAAUCCUUCAAACUCUGCCUUGUACCCGUUGGUGUCAAAGCCUUUGUGUAAGAGCCCUAGGACAUCGGUGUCGUCCGAGAACUUAAUCACGUAGUCGUUUGUAUACUGCGUGAAGAGGAAAGGGGAAUAGAGGAUAGGGGAACACCAUUACAAGUGUGAAUCAUUUUGAAUAAGAUGAGUUUUGUGGUGGCAGCAUCAUGUUAGGGGUAUACUUGUUACCGGCAGGGGCUGGGGAGUAUGUUAGGAUCAAAAGAAAAAUGAAAGGAGCAAAGGAUAGGUAAAAAGUUAGAGGAAAACAAGCCAUAGUCUACUGAAAAGCUAACCCUGGAUAGUUAUAUUUUUCAGUGGAACAAUUACACAAAUUAUAAUGCCAAAGACACACCAGAAUGGCUUUCCAAGAGUUGUUGAGUGUUCAUGAAAGGGUCUUGUAGUCCCAGUCCUGACCUAAAUCUGCUUGUAAAUCAGUGACAAGAAUUGAAUAUUGUUGUCCAUCAAUGAUUCCCAAUCAAAUUUACUGAGCUUGAGUAUUUUUGAGAAAAGCAAUGGAUAUUUUGCCAUUAAAGUUGUGCAAGGCUAGAAGAAUCUUAUUCAAAAUGAUUCACAACUGGAAUGGCUGCCAAAGGUGCUUCCACCAUAUAUUAACUCUGGGGUGUGAAGACACGUCAUUAACACAUUUUCAUUUCUUAUUUUUGUAUUCAUUUGUAAAAUGUUUUAUCAUUUUUAUUUUACUUUGAAAAAAAGGAGCAAAUUGUGUAGAUCUAUAGGAAAUAAAGCCUAGCCUUACUAGUCUCUUUUUAGAUGACAUUUUAAGGCAGCAAAAUGUGAAGAUUGUGCAAGGGGUGUGUAGACUAUCGACUGUAUGUAGAAGCAUGCGCAUGCAAUCCCGCCCUCAUGAAGUGCAUUAUCAUCCCCAAAAAUUGUUGAUAUAAAAAUUGUUUCAUUAUUGAUAUCAAAUAUGUAAUUUUAUUGCUAUAAAAAAAGAUAUAUAUCAAUAUAAAAAAUGUAUGAAUAUAUGUUAAAACAUCCAUGUGCUUAUGCUAUUCAGGGAAACAUGUAGACAUAGUGCUUGAGAAAGAAAUGCAGUAUCUCAAGUCUGUGUAUGGACAUUGCACAUUUUCACAGUAAAGCAUUAAGAUUUCUUGAUUUAAUUCCUUCCCCCCAAGACAUGUUUUCACACUUGCACAAAAUUGCUGUACGAGUGCACUAGACAAAUUAGGUCAGUGUAUCCUGAAAUGAUAUCAAAUGAACAAAUCUAAUACAUUAAACAUGCACAGUAGUGAAUCCUUGCAGAAGCUUAAAGCCCUGCAGUUUGGUUUCAUAAGGAGUGAGGGAAAGCCAGCCACAGUGCUCAGUCGACAGCUCCGUUUCCUACUUGCUGAGACUGCUCACACACGCUGGCUGGGCUACUGUACGUGAGUAAAACAGUGAUUGGUCGUGGGCUCUGCCAGUCAGUGAACAAAUCCCCUCUGACUUCCUCUCCUCCUUUCCUGAUGCAGCGUGGGAGGAGAGGGAGGGGCGUGGAUCUGUCUUCUCUCAGCCACUGAGCCUCUCUCAGCCUGCCUCCGCUUGCUCUUUAGCUUAGCUCGUCACCUGCCCUUGAGUUCCUGUGGAUAGAUGAGACUGAGAGGAAGCCGUUCUGUAGUCUGGCUCUUCUAAACCCUAUCUCUGCUGUAUUUUUUAUCUCUGGGCUGUUUUCAUUCUUUUUUAUCCUCUCUGCUCUGGGGCUGUAGUGGAGUUGGGUGGAGUGGAGCAUUUGUCCCUGGCUGGCGGAGCUCAGAUGGGAGGCAGCUCUGCCUCUGGCUGGGACUGGGGAUGCUGAACGGGGGGAGGGAGGGCCUGUUUCAGCUGGGACAGCAGCUCCAGCAGCAGGGGGAGUACCAGGCCGCCCUACACUGCUUCCUCAGCUCUCUGCUGGGGUUGAGGCACGUGCAGAGCUUCACCUCGCUGCCCAACUGCCUGCAUCAGCACAGGAUCAGCAUGUUUCCUGUUGACAGUGCACGGUACAAGGUGAAGAGAAGGAGUCUGUCUGUCUCUCUAGCACAAGAACAGACAGAAAAAUGUCAAAUGGCUCUUUUGAAUAUUGCUGAACUCUUCAUCUCCGAAAAUAAUUACGGCAAGGCCCUGCAGUUCAUUCAGGCUGAGAAGCUGUUCUAUGAGGUUGCUCUGAUCGAGCUCACUGCUGUUCAGGGGAGCACAGGCCCCCAGGAGGAGGCUUUGCUGGGCUCGGCGGGGACAGGAUGGGCGUCCUCAGAGGAGCUAUCGGAUCAGGCCUCCCAGGCACAGCACCUGGAGCAGCUAGCCCAGCUCUGCAUCGUCAGUAAAAGACCUCAUCUUGCUUUAGAGUACAGUGGGAAAGCCACUAAGAUCCAUCAGAGGGCCUUUGGCAACGACCACCCCAUCACAGACAGGAGUCUGGAGCUGCUGGCCACCGUCUACGCAGAGAUCGGCAAGACAGAAUACUCAGACUCCCUGGGCCAGUGUGUGUCAGUGCUGUCCAAGAGGUUUGCUGCUGCCGAGUCCUUCGGAGACAAACUCAACAAUGGUCUUCCCCAUUCCCACUCCCAUUCCCAUCGGGAGAAACACUCCGAGGUCUGGCACAGGAAAGACCCCAGUCCACAGGAUGACACACCAAAACCGAAGGUCACCAACGGUAAAAUCCCUACGUCCAUACUGAAGAGGUCUGGCUCAGGAUCAGACUCGGAGCCCAGCCACAGACGGAAAGGCAAGCGACAGGUCCGCUUCCGGGAGCCUGAGACCACUGUGCAUGACGUUCCAUACUAUGACUGUUUAGUUGCCUAUGACACGUCACCGCCACGCCCCCACCUGGCCCUGUUCACCUGCUUGUUCCUGCUGAUGUCACUGCUGGGCGUGGUCAUGUACAGCACGGACCGCCGGCGCCCACAGCGUGUGUGUGAGGAGCUGGAGGCCUCACUGGCUGUCUACCUGAUACACAUGAAACAGCUGCUGUGGGGCUGCUGGAUCUGGCUAACCAUGCAGUGACUGGGAGCCACCAAAGGGGGAGACGUGGAACACUGAAUUCAAUCUCUUCCUCACUACAUGUCCCUUAAGGUGUCCUUACCCAGCUUGGUCCACGAGCACACCUCAGUCAUACACACUGACUAUCUAUCUAUGGUGUUGAGAUGUGCACCCCUACUGCUAUGCUCACACCCAUAUAUGGAGAAAUGGGUAAUCUCAGAGAUACAGUACGUAUCCUCCAUGCCUGUACACUGGUGGUGGGUAUGCAGCCAUGCUUGUUUUGUCGAUAAGACGUUUUGCACAUCAGCAAUGUUGACGCUCACUGAUUAUGCUCACUUAAUUGCUACAAUCAUUUACAUUUUCCAUUCUUGACGCAAUCUAUUGUAUGUGAGUAAAUGUUUAAUGGAAUGCAAAAUCAAUUGUAUUUAUUUUAUUACAAUACUACAGUAUGUAAUUUUGUGUACUUAAAAGAUUACUACAGAUAUGAAUGUGUAUAUACCGUAUAGUAAGGACUAUCACAAUAUUACGCCUUGUUAUUGCACAUAAUUGAAUGUAGAAAAUGUGAAAACUGCUUUAAAUUGGCAAAAAACACCCUUACUGUCUAAAAUAAGGAUUAUGGAUUGAGUCAAGCACAAUGUGACCAUUUCUGAAACAGACACAGGACUGCUUCAAUUCACAAUGCCAGGUUGAUCUAGCAAAUUGAUUGACAAAGCCAUCUUUCUUUUACAGCAUAAAUACUGUAGUCUGACCAUUUUUAGGUCAGAUAAAUGUUGUGAUCCCAGUUGGACAAAGAUGACAACUUUAGCACAAUAAUAUGAAUGCUCUCUUUCCUGGGAAUGUACUCAAAUUCAAUGAGUGAUUAUGAUUUUGACAGUGUACCUCUUGGUAAAUGCUAAAAUGCCACAAGCAAUAUCCUCUAUCCUCUAAAUGUGAUUUAUUUCUUAUAUACUGCAUAUCUGCAUCUACUCAAAUAUCCAAUACUUUUGUUUUCUUUACAGUACAUUUUGAAAGGGCUUUUGUUGCAUUUCUAUUUUUUGAUUGAUCCGAUAUUCAGGUAUUAAUCUUAAUGUCAAAUGCUUUUAAAGUUGUGGAUUAUUUGGGGAUUGAAACAUACUUUAAAUUAGUGCAAAUGUUUAUGAUGCAAAGUAAAUAAAAGGAAUGUACAUUAACUGUACGGUCCAAUGAUCUAGGGUAAGAUGCAGCAACAUUAUGCCACUAAUUGAAGCAUCACUGUGGGACCUUCAUUAACUGGCACCAUUCAAAUAUAGAGCAUUUAGAAAUUGAGUCUCUUCUUUAACUGUGUUGAGCUUUAAAGGGCAAUGUGAUGCUUAUCAAAUACAUGUCAAUCUGAGCAAUAAAACACAAGACAUUGUUUCCAAUAAUACAUACUCUUUAUACAGCUUUCAGGGAACACAACUAUAGGAAAGAGUCAGUGUUGGAAAAAAUCUGAGCAAUACGAUGCAACCAAUGUCUGAAUGGAAGAGAUACUGAGACUGAAAGUUUUCUCUGCACUCUCAAGCGGAACUACUGUCAUUAGCAACACAAAUACCUAGCAAGUAAACAUGGCCUGUAUCUGCACAUUUUGGUUAGUAGCUGCAUUUCACUGCUGACAAUCUGUAUGUGGUCACUUUGAAAAAAGUGCCUUUUAGAAGGAUUUCUUAGUUUCUAUAUUUUUUUAUUUAAUUGAAUUAUUUUAAAUAAAACUGUCAUUGCAUACCAAAGUCA